AUGCCGUCUGAACACUGCCUCAGUAUUCAAGAAAUGCUGACAGGCCAGAGGCUGUGCCACUCGGAAUCUCACAAUGACACUGUCCUCGCAGCACUGAAUCAGCAAAGAAGUGAUGGCAUUCUCUGUGACGUGACCCUGAUCGCCGAGGAACAGAAGUUCCAUGCUCACAAGGCAGUCCUAGCGGCCUGCAGUGACUAUUUCCGGGCAAUGUUCAGUCUUUGUAUGGUGGAAAGUGGAGCCGAUGAAGUAAAUUUACGUGGUGUGACCAGCCUGGGCUUAAAGCAGGCUCUGGAGUUCGCAUACACAGGACAGAUUUUGUUGGAGCCAGGAGUGAUCCAAGAUGUGUUAGCAGCUGGCAGUCAUCUACAGUUGUUGGAACUUCUCAAUUUGUGUUCCCACUAUCUCAUCCAGGAACUAAAUAGCUUUAAUUACUUGGAUCUGUACAGACUUGCUGACCUCUUUCACCUCACUUUGUUGGAGAAGGCAGUGAUUGAUUUCCUAGUGAAGCAUCUCUCAGAGCUCCUGAAGAGCCGCCCAGAGGAUGUUCUUAAGCUGCCCUACUGCCUGCUUCAGGAGGUGCUGAAGAGUGACCGCCUGACUUCCCUGAGUGAGGAACAGAUCUGGCAGCUAGCUGUGAGGUGGCUGGAGCAUAACUGCCAUUACCAGCAUAUGGACGAGCUCCUGCAGUACAUCCGCUUUGGCCUAAUGGAUGUGGAUACACUCCACACGGUUGCCCUGUCCCACCCCCUGGUCCAGGCAAGUGAGACGGCAACUGCCCUGGUCAAUGAGGCCCUGGAAUACCACCAAAGCAUCUAUGCACAGCCUGUAUGGCAGACCCGCAGGACAAAACCGCGAUUCCAGUCAGAUACUCUCUAUAUUAUUGGUGGGAAAAAGCGUGAGGUCUGCAAAGUCAAGGAACUACGGUACUUCAAUCCUGUGGACCAGGAAAAUGCUCUCAUAGCCGCCAUUGCCAACUGGAGUGAGCUAGCUCCCAUGCCCGUGGGAAGGAGCCAUCACUGUGUGGCAGUCAUGGGGGAUUUCCUGUUUGUAGCAGGAGGAGAAGUGGAACAUGCCACUGGCCGGACAUGUGCGGUGAGGACUGCCUGUCGCUAUGACCCCCGCAGUAAUUCCUGGGCAGAGAUAGCACCCAUGAAAAACUGCCGGGAACAUUUUGUGCUGGGUGCCAUGGAUGAAUACCUCUAUGCAGUAGGGGGCAGAAAUGAACUGCGCCAAGUUCUACCUACAGUUGAACGAUACUGCCCCAAGAAGAACAAAUGGACUUUUGUACAGUCCUUUGACAGAUCCCUUUCGUGUCAUGCUGGAUAUGUGGCUGACGGUCUCCUUUGGAUAUCAGGUGGAGUGACAAACACAGCACAGUAUCAGAACAGACUGAUGGUAUACGAACCUAACCAGAAUAAGUGGAUAAGUCGCAGCCCCAUGCUACAGAGAAGGGUCUACCACUCCAUGGCUGCUGUCCAGAGGAAGCUUUAUGUUCUUGGAGGGAAUGACCUAGAUUACAAUAAUGACCGGAUUCUUGUACGUCAUAUAGAUUCCUACAACAUUGACACUGAUCAGUGGACACGCUGUAAUUUCAACUUGUUGACUGGCCAGAAUGAAUCUGGAGUUGCUGUCCAUAAUGGGAGAAUAUAUUUAGUUGGUGGAUAUUCAAUUUGGACAAAUGAGCCUCUGGCUUGUAUCCAGGUAUUGGAUGUAAGCAGAGAAGGCAAAGAGGAGGUGUUCUAUGGACCUACACUUCCCUUUGCUUCGAACGGAAUAGCAGCAUGUUUCCUCCCAGCUCCGUAUUUCACGUGCCCCAACCUUCAGACUCUGCAAGUGCCUCACCACAGGAUUGGCACUGUCUGAUAAG